GGAUACAGGCCACUUUCUUCCUCCUCCUGCGGGCAGCAACUGUCACCUCAUCAUCUCGAACAACUGGAGAAAGAAGCUCACUCUGUCCCCUGGAAAAAGAAAGCGUAACAUUUUUAUUACUGAAAUGAGACCAGUCUCCGGUCCUGUAGGGGGCGCUGUUGUUUUCCGCGCAUGCGGCAAACGGCGCUAGACCCGGAGGAAGCAGGAACACGCAGGGCGGUCUUCGACCAGAUACCACGGCUCUACUCAGCGGUAGAGUAGAGGAGCGAAUCCUCCCGCAGAGUAACAGGGUUCCGUUACUGCUUAGACCGGGAGUGGAACUUCGACUGCUGCGGAGAGACGCACUGACAGCUCGGAGUUAUUUAGCCGGAGACAGAGAGAGUCGAGCAGGGAGGAGGCACCGAUGGACGGACGGAGACUCCAGUGUGAACGACUAGCUCAGCUAAGAUAAACAAAGCUCAGCUGGGUGACGCCAACCCACAAACCUUCCUGAACCAUGGCUGAUCAGCUGUUUGGCUUUUCAGCCAACAGACGCAUCAUUGCUGGCCUACUGGUUAACCUGUUGUCCUCCAUCUGCAUUGUCUUUAUCAACAAGUGGAUCUAUGUGCACUACGGCUUCCCAAACAUGACCCUGACCCUUGUUCACUUCGUGGUCACCUGGCUGGGACUGUACAUCUGUAACAAAAUGGACAUUUUCUGUCCAAAGAGCCUCCCAGUUAGCAGGAUUGUGUUGUUGGCGCUCAGCUUCUGCGGGUUUGUGGCCUUCACCAACCUUUCUCUGCAGAACAACUCAAUAGGAACGUACCAGCUGGCAAAAGCCAUGACUACACCUGUGAUCAUCCUCAUCCAGACCACCUACUACAAGAAGACCUUCUCCACUAAGAUUAAACUGACGCUGGUGCCAAUAACAUUAGGAGUGAUACUGAACUCUUACUUUGAUGUGCGGUUCAACCUUUUGGGAACCGUGUUUGCAGCGCUGGGAGUUCUGGUGACGUCGCUUUACCAAGUGUGGGUGGGGGCUAAACAGCACGAGCUCCAGGUGAACUCCAUGCAGCUUCUGUACUAUCAGGCUCCUCUGUCGUCAGGCUUCCUGCUCUGUGUUGUUCCUUUCUUUGAACCGCUGACUGGAGACGGAGGAAUAUUUGGACCCUGGUCCCUGCCAGCUGUGGUGACAGUCCUGUUCUCUGGUGUGGUGGCGUUCUCGGUCAACCUGUCUAUCUACUGGAUCAUUGGGAACACAUCUGCUGUCACAUACAACAUGUUUGGUCAUUUUAAAUUCUGCAUCACUCUGAUUGGAGGAUACCUGCUCUUCCACGACCCACUAUCGCUUAACCAGGCCCUGGGGAUCCUCUGUACUCUGGCAGGUAUUCUAUCUUACACUCAUUUCAAGCUGGCAGAACAGGAGGAGGGGAAGAGCCGCCUGGCUCAACGACCGUAGUCUGUCAGUCGGCUGCAGACAGGCCUGCUAUUGGCUGCGACCAAUACGAUAAGCCAGAGAAGCCUGUUUUAUAUAUUUUUCUACUUUAAGUAUUAGUUACUAUCCCAGGAGCCAUGGGAUUAAACGUUUACAUGUCAUCACGUAUACUCUGCUCUUUGCAUUCUUCCUGUGUUUCUGCAGGCUUUUGUGUUUUUUAGGGGGAAGUGCAGCUUGUCGUGCGGGCAGCUCGACUCUGAGACUUUGAUAACUGAUAAGAUAAAAAAAUUGCCUUAUAAUUGAUACACUUCUCUUGUUUGUGAUAAAUACGCAACUUGUUUUUCCAAAUGUCUUCUGCAUUAAUGAAUGUAGGUGUAAAUGCUUGACAGAACAGAUCACUACAGCUGGCAAGGUUACACUGUUCAAGGACACUGCCGUUAUUUAGCAGCUGGAGACAGAUGUUGCCAUAAAACCAAUGUAAUAAUAAUAAUGAUAUUGGUAAAAUACAGGGUGAUACAGAAAAAUGGGAACUUUGAACCAAAAAAACAACAACCAAAAGUUAAUUUUUUUUCUUCAUCACCCUGUUCUUUAACCUAAGCAGAGAUGUCUACUGUGCAGCGGAAAUAACAGCAGCACACACACACAUAGUGUUUAUUGUUUUAGCACAACUUGUAAAGAUUCUGUGGCCAGACAGUUUGCUGAAGUAAACCCUGGUGUGACUGAGCCUUUGUACACAGCAAAUAUCAGUUAACAAGGUCAGCCAAAACUGCACAAUGUUUUUCUUGUCGGUGAAUAAACAUAAUUUGAUAAUUAGUAUUAAUAGUCUUCAGCAUUAGUUUCAUUCAGUUAGUUUAAUUUAUUUUUUCUUUAUUUGAUAAAUUUUUUAUAGAGAAUUUGUUAAAUUUAGAUGUAGCUGUAUGUUAGAAAAAAAAAUCACGUCCACUUAACAUUUCAGGCUCAUACCUAAGAAAGCUGUCUAAUUCAGUGUCUCUGUCGUGGAUUUGGGGAAAUGUACUGUAAGGAAGCUCAGACGAAUCACAUCAGCAUCACAGGUGGCGAUGGUUAUGCAAGCAGUGUGUGUUAAUUCUUUUUUUACGUUAAUGAUUGUCAGUAAUUCUGAUGAAGUGAAAUUUUUUUGCUCCUGCAGUGAUGCUUCUUUUAAGGCAUCAAAGUGUUGCUUGUACUGGGCAACGCAUCUGUGGAUGCACUGCUCCCACACCACAUAUAAUCUGACUAUAUCUGGACAGAAAUUCACUAUUUUCCAUUUUUCCUUACUGUGUUCGACAUGUCCAGUACACUGAAUAAAAGCUGAUUUAAUGACUUCGCA